UUCAGUGAGCAGCACUUCGGGGACAUCAUAUUACAGUACGACUUUAGUAUUUCCGUCAGCACUGGUAACUCUCAUUCAAAGUGUCUUUUGGACGGAUUACCGGAUGAUUACUCCGUUCAUGGACUUUAUUUGGGCUUAUUAAGACUUUUCUAGCACUCUCAAGAGAAGUGAAGAUCGCACCUGUACUUGUUGACCAAUGACACCUGUUGUCUCCUCUGCGGAAGGGUAACCGCGCGCGAUUUCAGAUAAACGGUGAAACAAACAAACACGGAGGACAUUAAACCUUUUGGAUGACGCAGCUAAGAUGAAAGUGACGGUGAAUUUCGGAAGAACGGGGGUGGUCGUCCCGUGUAAAGUCGACUGGAUGGUGCGGGACUUGAUCGAUCAAGCCACACAAAGAUAUAAGAAGAUAAUCGAACAGGAUGGGGAAUUCCUGGUACAGACACACCAUGUUGAGUAUGUGGAUGGGGGGAUCCUGGACCCGGAUGACAUGCUAACAGACCUGGUCGAAGACAAAGACAAGUUGGUCGCUGUGUAUGAGGAGACAGAGCUCCAGCAGAGGGCGUCGGUGAGUCCCAGGGGGAGUUUGACCUCCUAUCGCUCUAGUCCUGACCCCUCUGAACCUGAGCUGAAUGUCCUGCAGCCCUACGCCGGCAGCGAAAUAGAGGUCAACGCCUACGCCCUCAAAUCAACCACUCCCCUAUCGGUGAGAAGCAGCAGUGACCCCUCCCUUGCCCUGCCCUUGGAUGUAUUUUCACUUGGCCCUGAUGAGAGCAGCGCACCCCGACCAAAAGGAGUCGGCCAUGCAACAACUGUGAAGGGAGGAGUCAUGGACAAACCCAAAGUGGAUGUCCCAAACUCCAGGAGUGGACAAGUCCACACCAGCAGUCUCACACGAAUGGUGAAGAUCUCAGGAGAAGGUGGGCCUCUGGGAAUCAAAGUUAUACCAUACAGUUCUUCACUGAGUGGAAGGACUCUGGGUCUGCAUAUCCGAUCCAUCGAGGAGAACAGCCGCUCUGAACGUGAGGGGCUCUUUCAAGAGGACGAGUGCAUUGUACAGAUCAAUGACACGGAGUUAAUAGACAAGUCCUUCACUGAGUCUCAGGAGGUGUUUCGUCAAGCAAUGUCUUCUACCAUCAUUUGUUUGGAGGUGCUUCCUGUCGCCAAUAAGCUUCGCUAUGAAAAGAGCCUCAUUGGGCAACUCAUCACCAGCACUGAGCCAAACCCAUUGGUCCCGAAGGUUAAGAGCCCAUUCUUGGUCAACAAACUUGGUUCCAAUGCACCAACGCCAUCACCCCUGCCCCCUGCCUCACAGACCCCACCCCUGAAAGAGGAGGAGCUUUUACCUGCAAGACAUCCCCCCAUGGAGACGUACAAUCGCAAAGACACGCCUUCUCCUCCUGUCAGCGCGUCACCCUCCAUGAGAGAUCGUAGUGAGAGUCCCGCCUCCAAAAAGACUCCGGCCCUCUCCACUGUGGUUAAUAUGGUCAGCAAAAAGCCUGGAAAGAAACUGAAGAUCGAUUUGAAGAAAGGUAUGGAGGGCCUCGGUUUCACUGUGGUAACCCGAGACUCAUCUGUUCAUGGUCCAGGACCCAUUCUGGUCAAGAGUAUUUUGCCUCGCGGAGCAGCCGUGAAAGACGGCCGACUCAUGUCAGGAGACCGCAUCCUGGAGGUAAAUGGAGUGGACAUCACUGGACGCACUCAAGAGGAACUGGUUGCUAUGUUGCGAAGCACCAAACUAGGAGAAACUGUGUCUUUGAUAGUUGGACGACAAGAAGAGUUCUUGCCCAGAGAAUUGAAAGGAGAGCCGUCAGGUCCUUUGCUGUCUGAGGAUGGGCGAGAGCAGCUGAUGUUUGAAGUUCCUCUGAGCGACUCCGGCUCAGCAGGUCUCGGGGUCAGUCUGAAGGGAAACAAGUCUCGAGAGACCGGAGAAGACUUGGGCAUCUUCAUCAAGUCAAUCAUCCAUGGAGGGGCGGCAAACAAGGACGGUCGCUUGCAUGUCAACGACCAGCUGAUAGCUGUUAACAGCGAAUCCCUGCUCGGUCGUUCCAACCAUGAUUCCAUGGAAACGCUGCGGCACUCCAUGUCCACUGAGGGUAACCUACGAGGAACCAUCCAAUUGGUGGUUUUGCGAGCUCUGGAGGGAUCACCUGCCCAGGAGAAUCAAGAUGUCAGACAAACUCCUACAAGAAACGACUCUUCUGUCCUGCAUCCAAACAUCAAUCAGACCAACAACUCUGUACCUCCAUCCACCGCAAAGAAUCGUUUAUAUGAUGCUGCUCCUGCUCCAUAUAAACACCAUGGCGGGCGACAGGAACUGCCAGAGAAGGAUUUCGGUGAAGAUUAUUUCCCUCCUCCACCAUCUGAUCUUGACCUGCUGGAAACCAUCUCUCCACGCAAGCAUCAACAAGAUCGGCCUGAGAGGGAGCCUGUCACCCAUAUUAGCCAUCCCGCCAACCAACAAUAUCCACAACGACAGAAACUGCCAGAUUACUCGACGUCGAAGACUUCCAAGAGUAUGGAUUUAGUGGAAGAUGAGAGUAACAUGGCGUCUAUUCAAGGACAGAGACCUGAACCCCUCUCCUCUAACGGGAUGGCACUUGGGCCCACUCUGGGUCUGCAGAAGUCCAGUUCUCUGGAGAGUCUCCAGACAGCGAUGGAGGACGUCAGUAAAGACGAGGUUCCCUUCCACCGUCCACGCGCUCAUAUGGUGAGAGGCCGCGGCUGCAACCUCAGCUUUCGCCAUGCCAUCGACAAAUCCUACGACGGACCCUCCGAACCUGAGGACGAUGACUCUGAGGAAGACUCCGGAAGAGACACGCCUGCCAGCGGCUCCUCUCGACAGGAACUGGAUGAUGACAAGAAGGCAAAGAAAAAGAAAGCCAAAAAGAAGAAAGAGAAAAAGAGCAAAAAGAAGGCCGAGCCCGAAGACCUGGAGAAAAAGACCAAGAAAAAAGGAUUUGGUUUGUUGAGCUUGGAGCCCCAGUCUGACCUCAGAUCAGUGCAGAGGAAUAUAUUUGGGAGAAAAAACAAAGAGGAAAAGGCCAAAGCCAAGGCGAAACAACUGGGAGCUUUGAGCGAAGAGGAGGUGGACAAGAGUGAAUCUGAACUGUUUCUGUCAAAGAGUGAAAGGAACAGCCCCGCUCAUGAACGCGCAACCUUCCCAGAUGUUGAAGAUGAUGACCUGGAUCCCAACUACGCUCGCAUCAACAAUUUUAGAGAACCCCCGUCCUUUGGUCACUCCCCUUACCCGCCUGGAACUCCCACCCAUAACUACUCUCAGCCUGCUGGCCCCGCCCCAAACAGGGAGUUGCCCGAUGAGGAUGCACUAAAUGGGCUAUACGCAAAAGUGAACAAGCAAAGACCCGCCCCUUCAAAGAUUGACAGUAAUGAAGAACGAUUGCAGCAAAUCAGAAAUCAGCUUCAGCAGGUGAGACCCGCCCCAUCCUAUGAUGAUCUGACCACACGCAGACGACAGGAGUACGACCCAUCACGAAUCAGAGGACCUGAUCCUCAACUGGUUCCAAGAUACAACAACGAAGAUCGCCUCUAUGCCACUGUGCCCAAGAGAAUGCCAGUGGAGGACUUCCCCAACCAGAACUGGGCCAACCAGAGAGAUCUGGGCAAUUACCCGAACCCCACUUAUGAGUACCCAAAUCAAGAGGCCUAUCAAGACAACUAUCCUCUGCGCUCAACCCGUUUACCUGUACCCAGAUACACAGAGGGUGCCGGUGGUACAUACCCCACCCCUCCAAUGCCACAGAGGGGUCCUCUGAGACAGGAUGUCCCUCCCUCGCCCAAUCCUGGUGCCAGAGGGCCACCGCGAUAUGAAACGUUAAAUCAGGGGAACUAUCGGACGGCGAGUCCUGAUCGCUAUGGUGCGUACGGCGAUGAACAAUACCAAGACCCCAGACAGAAGAACCCCAUGAUUGGUGCUGUCUAGAAAAGGAAGAAUUAGGUUUGCGUUCUCACCAAAACAUGUCCAAGUCACGUUUCAGCCCAAAAUCAAUCAAAUAAAAAUAUAUAUUUUGCAUAAAGAUAAUGAUGGCUAUAUUAUUAACAUUUGUAUUUAUUGUAUUGUGACAUUAUUUCAUGAUUUAAAGGCAAAUUCUUGCUCAAAAUUGUCAUUACCUUAAUGUCUUUUUGAGUUUUUGUUUUUUUUGUUUUGUAAUUCUAGUACUGUUUUUAUAUAUAUAUAUAUCAGUGUAACUUAAAAGCAGUACAACAAAUAUAUUUUCUCGCUUUGCAGUAAUAAGUAUUUGAUUUUUUGUAUUACGGUAAUGAGAAUUGGGGGAAGUUUGCUUGGAUGUCAUGAAAGUAAUGUCACAAUGCAAAGAAAUCCUAAUGAUCUUGUUACAUUGUGACUAUUUUUAUUACAUUUAAGCACAUUAUCAUUACCAUUAUGCAUCGAGACGAUUUACUCAUUUCAUUCUCAUUUCUAAUUAUUUUAUUUCAAUCAGCUUAACUUAAAGGCAGUACAAUACAUACUACCAUGAUAACCAUAUAAAUAACGAUUUACGAUUUAAAUAUACGAUUACUUUUUUGCAUUGAAGUCAUAUAUUUUAUUAUUAUUAUUAUUAUUAUAUAUUAUUUUGCAUUACAGUUAAAAAAAAAUGGUGGGGGUGGGGGGCUUAAUUGUCAUGAAAAUAAUGUAACAAUGCAAAAAAUUAAUUUUUUAUUAUAAUCAAACACAUUUUUGCACGAAAUGAUCAUUACCACUUUAUCACAUUACGUUUGAGGGUUUUUAUUCUAAAUGGUGAUUCUCAUUACAUUCUCUUUACUGUAAUGCAGUCAUUUUGUACUUUUUUAUUUUAUUUUAUUAUUAUUAUUUUUUAAUCAGCAUUACUCAAAGGCAGUACAAAAAUAUUUCCAUCAUGUAUAAACGUAAAAAAAUUAAUUUAUUCAAACUAAGAUUUUUGUAUUUUUUAAUAAUAAUAAUGAGAAUUGUGGAUAAAUGUGCUUUAUUGUCAUGAAAGUAAUGUAACAAUGCAAAAAUUACUUUAUGAUCUUAAAAAUGGCUUUUAUUACAAUUAAACACAUUUUUGCACAAAAUGAUCACUACCAUCUUAGAUUACUUUUGAGGGUUUUUUAAGUUCUCAAUAGUGAUCCUGAUUAGAUACCAAGAAUGCUUUUUAUUAUUAUAAUUAUAAUUUUUUCUAAUAUUUAUUGCAUUACAGUAAUGAGAAUUGUGGAUAAAUGUGCUUAAUUGUCAUAAAAAUAAGCAGUAUUUUCUUUAAGCAAAAUAUAAUUAGUUUUUUCUUUUAUUUUUGGGGUGAAAUAUGGCCCGGAUAUGUUUUUGACAGGUUUUGUGAGAUUCCCCCUCAUAUCAGAUGCCCCGAUUCUUUUAACUUUUUCAUUUGGAGACCGUAAAGGAACAAUCUGAUUAAACUCCUUUUAAUAAAUGUGUAUGAAUGUGCAUGUUAUAUCCAUGAAUUACUUACAGUAGUUCUCUUAACAUCAGUUUGAUUCCCCGUAUACACUCGUCUCAGUUCUGUUUGCGCAUUCACUUGUACAGAUGCAGGAAUGCUUGUACGGUUUGUAUAUAUGUAUGUUUUGCUAGUAUUUAAUUCAUGAUACCACACAAACGUGUUGAUGAUAUUCCACCGUUGUUGGUAUGGACAUUUGUACCUCUUAUUUCUUCUUAUUAUUGAUGUAUCCAUUGUCUUACAAUAGUAUCCAAAAAUGCCUACUUGUUUUACGGUUUUCUCCAGAGCAUAUAUAUUUGGGUGCCUUAUGCUAGCUUGGGGAAGUUUUUAAAUGUGGAGAAAUUUACAUUCAGGUUACUCGUCCAAAUUGAGUUUUGUUGUGGUGAUGAUUUAUACUGUAUUUUGGAUCUUUCUGUAUUUGUAUUGAAUUUGAUUAACUUUGUAUUCUUUUCUGAUUCCUGUUAUCCCAAAACGCUCUGUUAACGUUGCAGUUGCGGUUGUUUUUAUUCUAUGAAGAAACUCUACACUUUCAAGAGUGGUUUCCCUUGCGAGGUUCAAAGAUAUUCUUUCCCACACCUCCCUCCUCAAUUUAUCUUUCCAAGGCUGUUCUGAGGCCCAAAAACAACGAAACGGGCGGAACACAAGGUUAGACAAAUAGCUGAUCCCAUGUCAAAGCCUCUCCGUGUUGUGACUUUUGUUGUCAAUGUUUUAACGUUCCUGCCAUUUGUUUUCCCUCUAUUGCUGGUAACCGUCUCUUUUCGUCUUUAUCGUAACGCUGCGAUGUGUCGUUUGAAACGCUGCACCCUAGAUGCAAUAUACUUUAAUACCGCUUUUCCCCAAAGCUCUCAUAUUGCACAAUCUUUGUAGUAGUUGGAUCAGCAGUGCUUUAAAACAUGACUCCCUGAUGUCCUUGGUAUGUAAAAUUAUCUGUGUUUAUGAUAGUUAGAAAGCAGCACUGAGAGUCAAAACAGGAUCCCUCAAGAAUCAGCUCAAACUCAAUACUUUUUUGCAGAAUGCCACUUUUAGUUUUUGCACAUACAUGUAAACUUGAUGCCUAAUAAAGGAGUUUAUUUAAGCGAGAUCUGUCUGACACUGUUUAUGAGAGCUCUGAGAAGCAUAUGCGAGUGUGAUUUAAAGUGGUGUGACAAUUUUGUGUUUUUCUUGUUACUGAAAUCUUUUUUUUUAUGGUAUUUUUUAUAUCACAUUUUUCUUUAAAUGGAAAAUCCACUGUAUGUUAUGUUAAUUUAGUUUGAUUUGAAUGGUUUUAUGGAAUAAUUUUGUAGUUGCCACUAAAUAACUUAACUGAUUCAUUUGCAGGAAGUUUAUCUUAAUACUUUUUAGUGAAAGAAAAUGUGUUGAUUUGUAUGUAAUUCAACAAAUUGAAAAAGUCUAAAGUUUUACGAAGUUUUUUAAAUCAAGAUCCUUGGUUGUGAAAUCAGAUAUCAUGGAUGUACAUCACAAAUUAAUGUUGUCUUUGUGGUUUUUAUACUUUAUUCUUUAUUAUUAUAAUCAUUAUUAUUUUAAAGCAGGGCUUUUAUUUUAUUUUUUACAAAAAUGUUCAAUGUAAACAACUUAAGCAUUCCAAAAUAGAUGUUCUAGAUUUUUUUAUUUUUUUUUGGUAAUAAACUGGUUUUAUGGGUUAUGACGUCAUAUUGAUUAUGCAGUGCAAAUGUGUUUUGUGUCCAUUGUUCUCUUGUACAGUGUUACAGCUCCAUA